CCCGGGAGCCGCCGCUCUCUUUGUGUGGGCGGCUUGACCGCACCGCCGGGCUCGCCGGAGCGGGGAAGGGACGGCGGGGGCGGCCGGCUUCGGGUGAGCUGCGCUGCUGGGCCCGCGGGGCCGGGUGGCGGGAGCGGCCGCGGCGGGAGCGGCCGGUCCGGACAGGGUUAACGGGAGCGCCCGGCCGGUCCUGCGCUGGGCCGCCCCGGCGACUGCCUCGGCCUUGGGGACUCGAGUCCCGGAGGGGACGAAGCCAGCCGCUCAGGAUGCUGGGCACUUCUGUUCUUGGGACUUAGCCGCCGGGAUCUGCGGGUGCAGGGCCUCGGGGGCGAAGUUGAGAAUUUUGCCAGGUCAUUUCUGCCUGGGCACAGUUAAUCAGUGUGUAUUUAGUGUGUUUCGUUGAAACUCUCCUGCCGUGUUGAACCAGCGUGCCUAGCCUCAGGGGUGCAUCGUGAAAACUGAAACCAAAGGAACGAUAUAGGCCUACUUUGUGUGUGUUUUCCCAGUUGAAGCCUGUUUUCAGUACACAGACUUGCUUUAAACCUGAUUGGACUAUGGCGAACAAACAUCUGUUCAAAGGAGGGGCAGAGACCACAGUACUUCUGAAGGGGGCUUGGUAGUAUGGAAAUAUUUUAAGUGCUCUCUCUGGACAUUGAUUUGCUGUCUCGAUUCAGAUGUCCCUGGUAGAUUUGGGAAAGAAGCUUUUAGAAGCGGCUCGAGCAGGUCAAGAUGAUGAAGUUCGUAUUUUGAUGGCUAAUGGAGCUCCUUUUACUACAGACUGGCUGGGAACUUCUCCACUUCAUCUGGCAGCACAGUACGGACAUUAUUCCACCACAGAAGUACUACUCCGAGCUGGUGUAAGUAGGGAUGCCAGAACCAAAGUGGACCGAACGCCGCUGCAUAUGGCAGCUUCUGAGGGCCAUGCCAGCAUAGUGGAGGUUUUGCUUAAGCAUGGCGCUGAUGUCAAUGCAAAGGACAUGUUGAAGAUGACAGCUCUACAUUGGGCCACAGAACACAAUCAUCAAGAGGUGGUGGAACUCUUAAUCAAAUACGGUGCUGAUGUACACACGCAAAGUAAAUUUUGUAAAACUGCGUUUGAUAUUUCAAUAGACAAUGGGAAUGAAGAUUUAGCAGAGAUACUACAGAUUGCUAUGCAGAACCAAAUCAACACAAACCCAGAGAGUCCCGACACUGUGACGAUACACGCUGCAACACCACAGUUUAUCAUUGGACCUGGAGGGGUGGUGAACCUAACAGGUCUGGUAUCUUCAGAAAAUUCAUCCAAGGCAACAGAUGAAACGGGUGUAUCUGCUGUUCAAUUUGGAAACUCCUCUACAUCAGUAUUAGCUACAUUAGCUGCCUUAGCUGAAGCAUCUGCUCCAUUGUCCAAUUCUUCAGAAACUCCAGUAGUGGCUACGGAGGAAGUAGUUACUGCAGAAUCUGUGGAUGGUGCAAUUCAGCAAGUAGUUAGUUCAGGGGGUCAGCAGGUCAUCACAAUAGUUACAGAUGGAAUUCAGCUUGGAAAUUUGCACUCCAUUCCAACCAGCGGAAUAGGUCAGCCCAUCAUUGUGACCAUGCCAGAUGGACAACAAGUAUUAACAGUACCAGCAACAGACAUUGCUGAAGAAACUGUUAUAAGUGAAGAACCACCAGCCAAGAGACAAUGUAUUGAAAUAAUUGAAAACCGGGUGGAGUCUGCAGAAAUAGAAGAGAGAGAAGCUCUUCAGAAACAGCUGGAUGAAGCUAAUCGAGAGGCACAAAAAUAUCGACAGCAACUUCUAAAGAAAGAACAGGAAGCAGAGGCCUACAGACAGAAAUUAGAAGCUAUGACUCGUCUUCAGACUAAUAAAGAAGCUGUUUAAUUGAAAUGAACGUAUAGUUUGAGUUUACUUUUGGUCAAGAAAGAAUACAGUCUUGAACUGUACACAGUAAGUUGCAGUCAUGGGAAGACAGGAUAAUAAAAGAGACUGCAGCUUGAUAAUUGGACUUAAGCCAUGAGCUCUGAAUUCUUGUAACAUAAAACUUUACUUUAGAAGUUGUGAAAUGUAUUUAAAACUGAAUUCUGUAAAUAGUUUUUUUGUUUUUUACAGUUCCAAAUGAGUUGAUAAAGAUUGUUGAAGAGAUCCCAAAACACAAUAAGCCACUGUUUUUUGUGAAUUCUUUUUGAUUUUAGUACAAACCUUAAUUUCUCAGAAACAGAACAGUUUUAAGGGUGAUCGUUGUUGAUUAGACCAAAUGUUGUGUAAUAAUUAUGUGGUGGACUGAUGCUGGAAUUAACUCUUGUAGGUAUAAACUUCUAUAUGAAGAGAAGAUUUCUCCCAGGAAAUCUUGUACAGCUUUAAGUUGUCUCAGAUUCUCUGAAAACAAUUUUUAGAAAGCAAAUUUUUAUAUUUGUUCAAUUUCAGCUAUACCCAAGUAGAUUUACAUGUAUAUGAAGCAAAUAUUUUUAAAACUUUCUGUUUGUACAUAUUCUGCAUGUUUUAUAAUUUCAAAAUGCAUCACUUGCAUAGGUAUUUUCCCCACAAAGAUGAUGUAAGUUACUAGGAAAGAAAGAAACCCUUUUAUUCUAUAGGUCAUUGAAACUAAGUAAGCUAGCAGCUGGUUUUAUUGGAACGACAAUGUUCUUGGAAGGAGCAGCUUACAAGAUACCUUGAAUUUGCAAACUGCAAAAUCUAUGCUUUUUUGAAAAUUUCAUAGUGGGGACGUGAAACUAUUCUGUGCCUUCCAUCAUGAUUUCCACAUGAAAGCACUUUAAGGCACUGGAUUUUAAGAUAAUGUUUUUGGAAAACUCAAAGCAUAUGGGUUUCUGAAAUAUUUCAUGGACUCAUUUCCACCACCCCCCCCCAGGAAAUUAUUCUUAUGGAAAAAAAUUGCUUUUGUAUGUAGAACAGGAACUUUUUGUACUACGGUGAUGCUACAGAUAUGUCUAACAUAGCUUUUACUUUCCCUGUGAAAGCUGUAUGUCUGUGCUGUGACUGGCUCUCAUCACAAUAUUGUUCAAUUCCACAAUGUAUGGACAUUAAACUCUGACAUAGUGUUCCUUCUUUUUUGUAAACAUAACUUCAAGUCCUUUUUCUUGUUUUAUUUUUUAAUGUGUUAUUGCUUUAUGAAAAUGUUUAACCCUAAGACCCUUCUAGAUUACCUAUACUGUAUAAAGAAGCAAUUACCCUUAAAACUGUACUCUGCCCUACUUUUCUAUUUUACAAUUAAAUAUCUUUUCCACAUAUGUUCAGUGUAGACUUAUAUUUUGACCACAUUUUAUUCACAUGUUAAAAAGUUUGUUCUGUGUAUUACGGCCAUAUUCCACCGUAUGAAAAUAUUAUAAAUUCUUCACACUGUGUCUUUAAAGUAUCUAAAACUGGGUUUUACAAAUGCCAAGUCGUAUUUUCAGUUGCGUGAAGCUGCUCUUCUAUGUCUGUUUUUUAGCACGUUAGUGCGUUUAUGGGUUUGUUAUGUUACGAAGGGCACCCUAACGUAUGCAGUGUCAGAGUGGAGCAGGGGCAGUGUGUUCACCCCACUGUAUAGUUUUGCUUCCAAGACCAGAUUGGCCCUGAAGAUCCUUGAGAAAGUGUUGGAAACUAGCUUCUGAAAGUGAAUUUAAUGCCUUCUUUGAUUUCUAGUCUUUUGUUCUGCUAGAAACUUUACCUGGUGCAAGAAAGAAUUUUGAUCUAUAAUAACAUUUGCCAUAGAUGGGAGAAAGUAAUUGAUACUUAAGAGGAAUAAGUGUAUGAUAGUAUCAGGUAGAUAUUGAAAUGUCUUUGGGGGAAGUCCACGUUUUUCAGAGUCUGUUAUGUUGGACUUGUUUAAUUCCUUAAUCAUCUACACCUGACUCACUGUACUAUGAAAUCAGAACUUAAACAAGAAUUUAUAACUAAAAAAAGCAUUUGCUUUUUCUUUUCUCUUUCUCUUUUUAGCUUCUGUUUUGAGGUGGACUGGGAAAGCUUUGCAUUCUACUUAUUCUCAAUGAUGUUAUGGGCAGAAGAUUAAAAGAACUGACAGAAUAAAAUAAUAAUAAAAGUUUUCAGAACUCCACACUUAAUGUGUUUCCAGUACAUAAUGAUGGAUUCAUAGUUAAAGGUCAUCAGGUUGCCACAUUGAUGGCUAAUUAUUUCCACUUAUGUGUGAACAAACACCUUCUUUAUUUUAUUUUUUUUUAGAAAACAGUCCGCACUUUCCUUUAUUUCAAUAUUUGUGUGGUAAAGAAAAAUGCAUGGGGAUAUUAAUUUUUGUAUUGGGUUAAGGAUGUUUCUGUUUGUAUAUUCAUGAAGGGAAUGAGAUAUUGAUUUUAAAUGAACAAACACCUUCUUGAGCAGCCCUUCUCAACCAGGGUUCUGCAAGAGAAUCAAGCUCUAAUGCCCUAAAUGUUAGGGCUUAAUGAAUUAAUUCCUUGUAAUGAAUUAGUUUCUGUUCCAUGCAUCUGGAAUAGUACUGGUUAUGUACUGUCUACACACUGAGUUUAUUAGAUGUCUUGAUUGCCUAAUUACUUGUUUAAGAUUUUAAAACUUCACUGUGUACAGUCGCUAGAACUCUGGGGUUACAAAUUCUAGGUUGGGUCUGUGAUGAUUCAGAAAGCCUCAUCUGACGACUGGUAUCUGCAGAGACUGUGCUUCUCAACUAAUUUUCAUUUAUUGUUACUUUAUUUAUGUCUCAGUUACUUCCCCAAAGGGCUUGUGAUGUCAUUUAUUUUUACUGGCUUUUAGAAGUUAUUUUUUUUAUGUCAGUCUUUCCUGAUAUCAACAGCAGGUAGUUUUUCUUUUACUCUACCACCCGAUUACUUUAUUUGUUUAUGAUGGUGGAGGGUUGGGAGUUGGAGAGCUUUCUUCUGUGACGUUCAAAAUAACAGCUAGGGAGAGAAGGAAAUAAAUGUGAAAUAUAUAAUUUGGACUAUACUUGUUUUUAACAAAAAGGUCUGUAUACAAAUUGUUUAUCCAAAACAUAUUGCUAAUGAAAAUCUAUGCCAGUAUGUUUCUUCAACAUGGUCAUUUAUGAUAUUAUUUAUUGAAAAUCAGAAGAAACCCUUGCCCAUAACAGGAACUGAUGAGUUGAUAGACAUAUUCAUGGAUGCUUUAUGCUGAUAUGACUAAUUUUUUGUAUUACUCUGUACAAAGUUUCUUCCAGAUGAAAUCUAUAAAGUUUCUUUGUGUCUUAAUACCUGAAAGAUGUUGAGAACUGACAAAAUGUAUCAAGAAGAAGACCCUUUUCAGAUAAAAUCACAAAACAAUUGUAGGAACCUUUAUAUCCAUAUGGAUGGGUUCCCAAGGCAUUAGGACUCAGGCUUAUAGAGCAAAUAGACAAAAAAAAUUUUCUAUUCACCUAGAUUCUAUUGAGUAAAUAUCUCCUUCCAUCAUGUCAGAUCAACUUAGGAAUGAACUAACUAAUAUAUUUGUUAUUUCAUUAAGUCAUAUUUACUGUACUUGGAUUUCAUUAUAGAUAACUAGUCUCUUGUAGUUUUGAAUGAUGUUUGCUAUUUGCUUUCUCUACGUUAGGUGAGAACAUCUCAAUGUACAUGGACUCAGUUUGACGUAAGCUCUUUGAAUUCAUUCUCAGAUUACUUUGUGUAAUUUGUGAUGGAAAAUACGCUUCUGGUUCCAAGUCAAAAUUUUGAUAUCAUUAUUUUUGUGACUUAUUAAGUAUUUUCCAAAUAUAUAGUCUUAUAGUUUUUUACAUCAUUUUGAUACCCUGAGAUCCUUUAAAAAUAUUUCACAUUAAUGAUAAUCAAGUAGUGAAUAUAAUUUAGAUAUAGUUCUUGGGGCUCUUCAUUUUUAGAUAAGUAUUGUAAUUCCCCCCAAAACUACUGUUUUCUUCCUGGAAAAAUUUUGACCUGAUCUCUGUGAUUCUAUCCACUGUGCUUUAUUAAUUGCUUACUCAAAUUUUCAUUUGAACAGUUUAGAUCUCAUGUGCAUGGCUGAUAUGUAAUGUUUUCUACAUAUAUUAAUAUACGCAAUUACAGUCUUACUAUUGAUUAAUUACAUUUAUUGAUUACUAUUGAUUAUAAUUUUGAAUUUUAUGAAUUAUUUUAAUGUCU